GGGAAGGACGAACGACCUCGAUUAGCGUGCUGCUGUAGGGCUGCUCCCCCACAAUGAUCAUAACACUGCGGGCUCUCUUCGAACAAGGGGUAAGAAACCGUAGUAGCCUUGUCUUGCUGCGGGAGUCGGUGCUGGGACGUUUACAUGCCGCUUCCCUUCUGCGCGCAGCUUGUCUCUGCAGGCCCCGGGGUAUCUGCGCAGGGACAAGGAUAAAUAACAACCAUCCAGUGCUGUCAGAGGACAUUUUUGGAUGCACAGAAAACAGUAAUCAAAGAUUUCGCCAUGAACAAAAACAAGAGAGAAAGAGAGUUCUACAGCCUCGAUGUUGGGGAUUCGACGUUCACAGUACUGAAGCGAUACCAGAAUCUAAGACCCAUCGGCUCAGGAGCACAGGGAAUCGUCUGCUCUGCUUACGACCAAAUCCUUGACCGAAAUGUUGCCAUCAAGAAGCUGAGUCGGCCGUUUCAAAAUCAAACCCAUGCCAAGAGGGCGUACAGAGAGCUAGUCCUAAUGAAAUGUGUCAAUCACAAAAAUAUCAUUGGCCUUCUAAAUGUAUUUACACCACAAAAAUCAUUAGAAGAGUUCCAAGAUGUAUACUUGGUGAUGGAGCUGAUGGAUGCCAACUUGUGCCAAGUCAUUCAGAUGGAGCUGGACCAUGAGAGGCUGUCCUAUCUCCUCUAUCAGACGUUGUGUGGUAUCAAACACCUCCAUGCUGCAGGCAUAAUUCACAGGGACCUCAAGCCCAGUAACAUAGUUGUCAAGUCAGAUUGUACACUGAAGAUUUUGGACUUUGGCUUGGCUCGGACGGCUGCCACGGGCCUCCUGAUGACACCGUAUGUGGUAACGCGCUACUACAGAGCACCAGAGGUUAUCCUGGGCAUGGGCUACCAAGCCAAUGUGGACAUAUGGUCUGUGGGCUGCAUACUGGCGGAAAUGGUUCGCCAUAAAAUCCUCUUCCCAGGAAGGGAUUACAUCGACCAGUGGAACAAGGUAAUUGAGCAGCUAGGCACUCCAUCUCAGGAUUUUCUCAUGAAGCUGAACCAGUCAGUAAGAACGUACGUAGAAAACAGGCCACGCUAUGCUGGGUACAGCUUUGAGAAACUCUUCCCAGAUGUGCUCUUCCCUGCCGACUCUGACCACAAUAAACUGAAAGCAAGCCAAGCAAGAGACCUCUUAUCCAAGAUGUUAGUGAUUGAUGCCUCCAAGCGCAUCUCUGUAGAUGAGGCCCUGCAGCACCCCUAUAUUAAUGUUUGGUACGACCCAGCUGAAGUGGAAGCACCACCUCCAAAGAUCUUAGAGAAACAGCUGGAUGAGAGGGAGCAUACCGUGGAAGAGUGGAAAGUGCUAAUUUAUAAGGAAGUGAGUGAAUGGGAGGAGUGGACAAGAAAUGGUGUGAUAAGAGGCCAGCCACCUCCUUUAGGUGCAGCAGUGAUCGAAAGCCCCCCUCAGCCCACGUCCUCCUCCUCUUCGGCCAACGAUGUCUCGUCCAUGUCCACAGAGCCCACUGACCCCAGCAGUGACCCCACCAUGACCUCUGAAACAGACAGCAGCUUGGACAGCCACACCUCUCUGAGUGCACUGGCCUGCUGCAGAUAACGCACACACACAACACACACAACACACACAACACACACAACACACACACACAACACACACAACACACACACACACACACACACACACACACACACACACACACACACACACACACACACACACACACACCACACACACACACACACACACACAAAGCAAACCUUUCCUCAUCAGUGUGUGUGAUGGGAGAGGAUUUAGGCCAAUGGAACUUCUCAUGUUAGUUUCUAGAGCUGCGCUUUUAAUGUACAGUUUGUUAUUAUUUCCCCUCCCCCUAUACUGCUGUAAAUGAUUGUGGUUGGAAAUUGUAUCAUUAUUACUGUAUUUUUGCUGCAGAGAAUCAGAGUAUGUUUUGAUGUGAAUCUGUGAUGUAUGUUAUGAAAGAGAGGGAUUUGAGUGUACUUUACUACAUUGCGGUUUUUUAGCUACUGCUACACAGUUGAAUACCAAGCUGUUAGCACUGCAAUAUUAUGUUAAGUAUAUUUUUGAAUUGUUCAAUGGUUUUUUUUUUUAAUUGUUUUUGGGACAUUUGAAUGAAUCUACACCAAUUCUCUUUUUAACAGUAGACUAUAGCGCACUUCAUCUUGGAUCCAAUUGCAAAUGAAUGAUUUUAUUUUGAUAUUGUUCCUCAUCUUUCUUGUAGAAAGCAUCCUUUGGUGUAUCCAAGUUAACUUAUUUCUUAGUAUUAUGUCACCUCUGUAUUGUGUGCAUCUCGACAAGCAGUCAAAUGGUCUAUUGCCCUGACACUGAAUUUCUUUUUUACUAUAGCACACUGUUAACUGACUGUAUUUGAACUUGUUUAGUUACUUAGAUGUAAUUUGUAAGCAAUGGUCUGUUGGAUGAGGAAAAACAGGGUGAAUGUAAGUAAAUAGAAAUGUGGUAUAGUGAGGAGCCAGUGAUUACUGUUAGCGCUGUAACAAUUUAAUAUGGGCCAUUCCACUGGCUAGAAUGAGUUCUGUAUUUGGGGACUGUCACCAGAGACUACGUCUAAAUUAGUCACUUUCCCCUUUUGGCAGGUUCUUUCAGGCAUUAUUCACAGCUGUCUGAUAUUUAAAUUUAAAAUUUAAUUUAAGUGCCCUUACUCAGUUAAGUGAUUUUCAGUCCUCUCUGUUGUAGAUGCUCCUCUCUUCUGUGGUGCGUCUUUCUGAGUUCUACCUCACACAAGCACACACUCACUCAAACACAUUUCUUUAAAGAUACAGUUUGUAUACCAUGGCACACACAAUUCGAAAGAAAUGUGAAAAAAGAUAAAUUUUCUUUUCUGUAUUUGCAUUAUUUAUUUAUUUAUUUAUUUCAAGCUAGGAGACGUCUAUUGUAUGUAAUGUACAUUUCAUUCAGAAGUACUAUUUAUAUGCAUUUUGUUUCAUUUUUUUGUUUGUUUUCUGUGCAAUAUAAUUCAUAGAUUAAUAUAGUCAGUCAUUGAUCUGUACAUUUUACUGUAGAUGUAUGUAUGUUUUCUGAGAGUCAGGAAACAGGCAUUUGCUACCUGCUAUGGUAACCUUUGGAUGUAGUUGAUGGCUCAAAUUCCCAACAUGUCCCUUUGCUCUUUUUAAUGGUUGGGCACUCCAGGCAGUAACCCCUAGCAUCAGCUCCCAGAAUGCACUUUGGGGAUUGUGACGAAUGCCCUGACCUGUUCUGGGCCACAUCUCAACUAACUGUUGUGGCCUUCUCUUUUUGUCAUUUUCCUCUCCUCCAUCUCCUCAAAAAUAGAAAAGAUAGAAUAGACCACGCAUGUGUUUUCUCUGGUUUUAGUGCAGGUAUAUUUAGAGGAAAGACAGGAAAGCCAUUCAGCACUACUGGGAUGAUGCUGCAGUCUUCUGAUGGUUUGGCCAAAUAUGACAGCAGAGUUAACCUGUUGUGGUGUGUUUUGAUCAGGCCAGUUGUGUAACGUUUAGCCUUUAGAUCUGAAAUUGCCUCACUAACAGACCAAUUAUAUACAUCAGAAACUGUCUACCUUCAACUCCAGCAAAUAAAAGAGUUGAAUUUUAA